GCGAUUUGCUUUUAAGACUGCUUUUACAUUAUAUUUAAAUUAGUUAUAAGAUGUCCAGGGACCGAUUUAGAAACCGCGGCGGAUUUCAGCGCAGAGGCGGAGGUGGGAUGCGAGGGGGAAUGGGAAACCCCAACUUCAGAAAUCAAAACCAGCAUCCUUUUCCGAACCGAGUUCCACAGCCGGGCAUGAACCAUGGCCCGCCGCCGAACCAGGGCCCUCCUCCGAAACCGGUAACACCACAGAAGUCCCAACCCCCUCCGGUAGCUCCGGUAGGUCAGCCCGGUUCGCCAGCAGCGCAGCCGCCCCCUGCACAACCGAACAAGACUCCGCAGCAGGCCGCUGCGGCUCAGCCCAGUCCAAAACUGCAAUCACCGCCGCCGAAACAAGGCCUUACAUCUCCGCCGACGCAACCCAGUAAACCCCAACCGAGCCCCGACCUCGGCAAUGGACAGAAACAACCACCGCACACAACGAAUAAGCUACCACCGCCUCCUCAGGAAAGGAUUAACGUUAAACCCGAAGAAGAGCUGUCCGAGCCGCCGCAGCAGGAAUUGAAAGCGACCCUCUCUCUCCUGCGAAAGCCUGGAGAGAAGACCUACACGCAGCGAUGCCGCCUGUUCGUGGGUAACCUGCCCAACGACAUCACCGAAGAUGAGUUCAUGAAGUUGUUUGCAAAGUAUGGAGAGCCAAGCGAGAUCUUCAUCAACAGGAACAAAGGCUUCGGCUUCAUUCGCCUAGAAUCCCGUGCUUUGGCCGAGAUCGCCAAGGCAGAGUUGGAUGACGUGCCCCUGAAGGGCCGCCAGCUCAGGGUCCGCUUCGCCACGCACUCUGCCGCCCUUUCAGUGCGUAACCUCUCCCCCUAUGUCUCCAACGAGUUGCUGGAGGAGGCUUUCUCCCAGUUCGGGCAGGUGGAACGCGCUGUUGUCAUUGUGGAUGACCGUGGUCGCUCCCUGGGCAAGGGCAUCGUGGAGUUUGCCUCGAAGCCAGCUGCCCGUAAGGCGAUGGAACGCUGCAACGAAGGGGUCUUUCUGCUCACCACCUCUCCCCGCCCGGUUGUUGUGGAACCGCUGGAGCAGUAUGACGAUGAGGAUGGGCUCCCGGAGAAGCUGGCCCAGAAGAACCCUCUGUACCAAAAGGAGCGGGAACAGCCUCCUCGCUUUGCCCACCCAGGCAGCUUUGAGUUUGAAUACUCGCAGCGUUGGAAGUCUCUGGAUGAGAUGGAGAAGCAACAGAGGCAGCAGGUGGAGAAGAACAUCCGUGAGGCACGGGAAAAGCUGGAGAGUGAGAUGGAGGACGCCUACCACGAGCACCAGGCCAACAUGCUCCGGCAGGACCUGCUGAGGCGUCAGGAAGAGCUGCGGCGCAUGGAGGAGCUGCACAGCCAGGAGAUGCAGAAGCGCAAGGAGAUGCAGCUCAGGCAGGAGGAGGAACGCCGUCGCCGGGAGGAGGAAAUGCUCCGCCAAAGGGAGAUGGAGGAGCAGAUGCGCCGCCAGCGGGAGGAGUCCUACCGCAUGGGGGGUUACAUGGAUAAUAGGGAGCGUGACAUGCGCAUGAGCGGCGGUGGGUCCAUGGGCAUGUCAGACAUGCCUUUUGGGUCACCCACCCAGAAGUUUCCCAUGGGCGGUAUGGGCUUCGAGGGACACCAGGGCAUGGGUGCCCCUGCGGCUGGUGGCAUGGGCGGUGGCAUGAUGCCCAGCGAAAUGCGCAAUGAGCGAUUCCCCCAAGGUGGCCCUGGAGGCCCAAGGGGAAUGGGUCCCGGGAACCCGGGUUUCGGCCGGGUGCGUGAGGAGUUUGAUGGGCCGGCCAAGAAGCCCCGUUUCUAAGCCAGUGGCCAGAUUCGAAAUCAGCGCUUCUUUGUAGCUUCUCUCUAGUCAAGGUUGUAUUUAAAUGGAAGCAUUCUUGCUUUUUAGCCAGAAGACUACUUUUUACAGCGAUGUUAAUGGAUUUAAUUUCUUUUUAUUUUGUAUUUCAAGUAGUGUUUAAAGUGGUAACCUGGUAAGCGGAGAUGCUUCUUUCCCCGACCAAAACAUUAUUUCCUGUCCAGUCAUCAUGUUCUGUGACUCAUGUCUUGGUGAAAAUUGUAAAUUAGCCUCAACUUUCUAUGGCUGUUUUUGGUUUUGUUUUUUGUGCCAUUUAACUUUCAAACCUGUAACUUUACAAUAAAGACUGUAAUUGGUUCUUUGUUUCCAAACCUUCUACGAGUUGGUUCUUGCAGCCUGGCCGAUGUUUGGCCUGACAAAGGCCUUAAGACUUGCAGGUCACCUACCAGUCCUCUGUGAGCAGCAGAGUACUAGGCUUCUAAUCAUUUACUUUUUUCUGCGAUCUGUCAUUCAUGACUGCACCUUUUGCAGGUGUGUGCAAAUAGGAUGGACUUCUCCUCAAAUUUUAGUAGCAACAAGCAUUGCUACCAGGAAGUGUUACAACCAAAAUGGAUAUCUUUGAUUGUGUGCAGUGUAAAAUUCAGUUGUGGUUAAUGCAUUUAUUGCAGCGAAGGUCAUCAAGAGAGCCCUAAAUGUACAAUGUGCAUUCAACAAAGCCAGUUUGCACUGAAACUUUGAUGGGCAGCAAAUCUUUGGCUUGAAAUUACUACUUGAAUUUACUUGAAAGUGGGGCAAUUUAAGACCCUUGAUAGGCUUAUGGUUAAUGUGGUUUUGGGGUUUUCAAGGCGCCUUUUUCAUGGGGACAUGGAAACACCCUAAUGUUUUCCAUUUUGCUAUGUGACUUCUGUGGCCCCCGAUGCCUGGUACUUCACAGGCAGCGUACAUUGAGUAGCCUUUGAAGCUGCUGUGAUUUCAGUGUGCUCAGUGUGUAAUGUCAUUUUUACUAUGAUGGGCUGAGUAAAUAUUUGAAACUUCAGAAGUUGGUUUCAAUUGGCCUUUUGACUAUAAAAGAUGGCAUACAGCUGAAUCUGUCGCUGAAUUUUAAACAUGAAUUCCAGCGUUUGUGCAGCGGAUGUGUAAUCUGUGACUAUGGUAUGAUAUUGCAAAAUUGACUUGAACCAUGUACACAUUAAUUUUAGUAAUGCCUGAGCAAAUGCAAUGCAAAUGCAGCUUCUCGUUUUAAGUGGCCCUUUGAAACAUCAGGCUUCUCAAGUCCGGCGUCGUGCAGCUUAUGCCCAUUGUUUUCUACACAAACACCAAUAAUGAAUUUUACAUUUUUGAUUAAAUAUGGAGGAGCACUGGUAGACCCAACACUGGUGACUAUUGAUCUUUCUAUGGUCUAAACAUCUACCGUUUUUAAUGUGGCCAUUUUAUUCGCAAUAACUCUCUGGGUUCUUUGUGUUUCAACAACUCGUGCAUGUGGAUGGAACCCCCCCCCUGUUUUGGUUGACAGUGGGCUCUGGUCAUGGAGGAGUCAACGCUAGUCGUUGCCAGUAUGCUGGGAUUGAACACACCCAGAACACGGUGCUGCGAUUAUCUUAGAAAUCCCAGUGAUAUAUCAACAUUGUGUGUCUUGUCAGUGUGUUGGUUUUGCUGUGCGUUUUUUUUUCCUGACAGGUUUACUCACGGCAGUCUAAAUCCACAAGCUGGCAGGACAACCCAGUAGUGCCUACACCCCCCCCCCCCUUCAAGCGAGACCUUGAUUGUCUGACUGCAUUAAAUGAUGCAUGCCAUUUGUAAUCUGGAAGAGCAAGAAAAUGAUGAAUUGUACUAUUUCACUAAUAGUAAAAAUAGUGAAAUGAGACUUGAGAGACACAUCUGGAGUUCAAAAAUCCUUUCUUAGUGAUUAUUGAUGUUGCCUUUCUAGAUCAAAUUAACCAUGUCGAGUGAAGAACCACCUGCCCCUGUUUUUUAACAGUUGAAUAUUUGAAAGAUCACACUCUGAAUUCUUUGGUAGCCAUUUCUUUGUGGCUGUUUUUUUUCCCCAGGAUUAAAUGCGGAGAAAAAAAUACUUGAAUUACAAGAAUCAGCCUUACUGGGCUUUUUAUAAAAAUUUAAAUGAGCACUUGCAAAUAGUCUGUCUGUACCCAACGAGCCACUGUAGUGUCUCUCUUUAGAAGUGUAGAGCUUGACUACUCUACAGUUAGCCAAAUCUCGUCGCUUUGUGGUGCCUAGUAUUAAGUGGGUGUGUUUGUGGAUUUGGUUUUCUGAGCAUUUUUCCUAAGUACUUGUGAGCAACUGUACCGCUGAAGUGAGUGACAUAUUGGAAAAGUUGCCUGAUUUUCAUCUUUUGAAAAAAUACUCUAGGUAUUUAAUUUUUUUGAGGUGAGAUGAUGCGCAUGACUUUUUUUUUCUUUUUUUUUUUACGUUCAGCUGUUCUACUGGGCAGUGUUAGAUAAAUUUUUCCCCUCAUUCUUUUAAAGGGUUUUCCAAUCAUUCGUAUAACGAAUUUACUCUACUAAUAAUUUACAUAUUUUGGAAGGCUAUGGCUGCCGAUAACCAAAAAAAACUACACUUUGGAAAUUUUGUGUGAGUGGAGUUAUUGUAGGUGUUUUGAAGUUGGAAAUGGGUAUCGACCAAUUUCACUGGCAUCUGCAUUGUCCCAGUUCUUCAAGAAGCCCUUGGACGCAUUAUCGAUACCAGGUGGUUGACAAGUUCUUCACGAAUCAAGUGAAGCAGAAAGGGCAUGAAAGGGGAGCGUGUGCAUUUCGCAAGUGAGCCCUCCGUUCUCCUGCUGUCAUCACACGACUCUGUCCCUGUGGUCGCCGAUCUCUCGGCUCGUUCGCGUCUCGAGCGCAUUGGGACGCGAUAGCUUCACGGUCAGGGACUGCGGCCCGCCCGCCUACCUGCCCCCGUCCCUCUGUAGAGGCUCCAGCAGUUUGAGUGCAUUGAGCAUCGGUAGUUCUGCGGCAAAUCAGUGGACAGUAAAGCCUGGACUUAUACCUCAGGAGGUGUGCUUGCAGAUCAGCAGUGAAGGUAAGUAGGUUUUUGUUACAUUCACCAAAAAUGCUUACGUCCCCCUCCCCACCCUUCCUUCUGAUCUCUUGUCAAGUUUCUAGGGAGGUUCUGGCAUCACACUCAUUUGGAUGGAAUCACAGUGCAGAACUUACUGCUGUUCUCUCUCCACCCCCUUGCUGACUUGAUUUUGCUGAGGCAGAUACGCCGGUCUCGGAGCGACUGAUACGCGGCACUUUGCCCGCCUGGCGUGUAGCAGAAUCUGUGGCGGUCUGUGCAGACGGCUGCGAUCCGCUGUGUCACUGGCGCCCCUGUGGGCCUCGGGGUGGGUUGGGGGGGUGGGUGGUGGCGGCGUGUCGCUGGCUUUGUGAGGGUGGCUGGGGAUGGGUAGCUCGCAUCUAUGGCACAAGCUGCUAGGAAGGUUGUCAUCCAGCAACCUGGUUUUUGUAAAGUUUUAAGUGAAAGUACUUUGACUUCGCAGUAAAACUCAGUCUUGUCACAUGCAAAUAAAAAAAAAAACAAACUUCGUUGGUGAUUCCGUCACGCUGAACUAAAACGGUACUUGUCACUUCUUGGCAGUUUCUCUUUGCAGAUCUAUUCCUUGUAUACUUGAUUUUUGUGAGUUCUUUGUGACCUGUUUUUUACGGGGCUUUGUGAUCUACUUGGAGAGUGAUGUAAUCAUCUCUUAGCUUGCCAUUUCUGUGGCACUCAGGUUGGCUCACAUCGAGUGAAAUGACUUUGUGUGGUCAUGUGUGAAUCCAGAGUUAUUCCUCAUGCACAUUUGCCCUGUUUUUAUUUUUAUAUUUUUUAACACUGCUGCCGAAUGACUUGUUGAAGAGGGUUAGUUGGGGGGGGGGGCGGGCUUGGGUGACUGUUGUCCAGAAAAUGGACAUUUGAAACAAAGGAAUGGUUUGGGGUGGGUGCAGACAUGGAAUCAUUACACUGAGCGUUUAAAAUGAAUUUCCAUUCUGGUACCCUGCAGGACUGAUGUCUCCAUCGCUCAAUCUUAUAAAUGCGUAAUCUAGAGCAGGUUUGAGGUUCUCUGUCCUUUUGCUUCUACUUGCACCAUUUUUGCAGUGCUUUGUCUGUUGGGGGGGGAGAUGAUGGUCUUUUGCCAGUGACCAGCUUGUGAACCAUGUUGAAGUGCUGUAAAGUACAUUUGUACUCUACUGCUCUUGGUCCGUUUUUGGCUAAGCGAUGAAGCAGCAUUGCGUGAGCACGUCGGCUGAUCCCAGCACUAAUGCAGUGUGUGGGGUAUCUCUGGUACCGUGUGAUCUGGUGGUCGUGUGUACCAGCCCAGCGCAAGGGCGACCGUCGUGUAUGUAUGUGUGUGUGUGUGUCUCUGCACUGUGAUUCAUCCUGCCUCUUCCAUUCUCUGAGUUGAAGGCAUAUCGUUUGGCCCCUCUGAUGAAUCUUGACCCUCUCUUGAAGUGUAAUGCCAGAACCGGCCCUCACGGGCCCCGCGGCUCCUGCAGGAUGGCACCAGCUUGCCCUCCCCUCAGUCACUCUGUGGGGUCUGUGCCAAGGGCCAGCCUGUUCAGGCGGUAGCUCUUAAAGGUGAAACUCGGACUGAGCUGCUGCCUCAUAUCUCUGCCACCGAUAGUCCAAAAGCUUUAGGUCAAGCCUAGCUUGCCAAGCAGUUUUCUCUGUAGUAUCGGUGAAGUAAGUAAAUGUGAUGCUUCUUGCAUGAUCUGGAAGUCUGCCUUUAUACCGUCCUUAGUCUUUUUGUCUGAGCCUGUUGUCUCUGAAGCCGUACAGUAUUGUGGCAUAAUUCCCGUCAGCUCAUUUGGUGUUUCUGAAGCAUAGGCAAGGUUUUUUACCGUCUUGCUGUCUCUCUGGUUUAACAGUCCCUAGUUAUGGAAAGAGAGCUUGACUCAAGUCAGGUUGUAAAGAAAUUAAAGAUAUUCAUUCCAAAGAAGUAAAUGGUGUAAACCUUUUCAUAAGCAGUUGAGUAGCCCACUGUUGAACUGCAGUCUAGCUUCAGGCUGUCUUAAUGCCAUGAUAACUGUCAGUUCUCUAAACUGGUAUGCUGCUUAUCCCUUAACCUCCAGCUUAUUAGUAAACCCUGCCAGUGCAGAAGGCCCCCACACAGGAAGUACCCCCGAGGGAAAGCUGCUCUGUGCUCACUCCUGUUCUUUUUGCAGGGGCCUUACCUGGAGGCAGGUGGCUGAGGGGCUAAGUGCCGCCUUAAUGCGAGGUGUAGCGAUUUGAGCAUGUUCAUAUCCAGAUCUGGCUGAGCCACUGGACAUCGUAUAUCGCUCCAUUGAGUCUAGACGAUGGAUUGACAGGCCAAGGUUCUAUAGCCUUUCGUCAAGAGGAGGAACUACAAGGAGUCUUUGGUAUGCUGGGAACUUCUGAGGAGGAAUUCAGUACAUUUUUCAAAUAAACUGAUUUCAUAACUAAA